GGCACAGCGACUAGGCCAAUUAUGGACAUCUUGGCUCUGCUGGACCAGGACAAAGCCCUUCCCUCCCCCGUCCAUGUAGGCACUUCAGACCCCGUAGUCCCACACUGCACCCAGGAGAGAGCUGUUGCCACCAUCGCCCAGGUAAUGUCUUCAGUGAGCUCAUCCUCGUCCUCUUCCACCUUCCGCUCAGAGCACAUCAGCACCUACAGUCCUGGGAAGCCUUGCUUCGAACCUCUGCUGGACCCUCCCCAUGGGAUCUUCGGGACCGGGAGAGCUCGAGAGUCCUACGGGUACUCGGGUUCACCCCCAUCAGCACACCCUUCUGCUCUGGGCAGCAGCAACGUGAUCGCUAGUGGUGACAAGUACCAGGUCAUGGCGGAUGUCAGCCAGUUUGAGCCUCACGACAUCGUGGUGACCACUUAUAACUAUUGCAUUGUCAUCCAGGCAGAGAAGGUGGCUGAAGACGGCACUGUCUCUAACACCUUCACCCACAAGUGCCAGCUCCCAGAAGACAUGGAUCCUCUGUCCAUCAGUUGCUCCCUGAACAAUUCCGGCAUGUUGGUCAUCACUGCCAGGCGGCAACUCCUGGCGCCACCUCCUGUCUUCCGCACGGAGGUCAAGCUUUAACAGUGCAUUUUGUCACAACCUGGGAAGCAGAGCUCCUUCAUAAAACUACUUUGCCUUGGGUAGAUUUGUCCAGUAGCCUUCUUCUUGAAUUGUUUGAUUGGCACCUCUGAAUAGCCCGAUGUCCCAUCAUACACUGCUGCUACAGAACCUUGGAACUUCUGCCUGCAAUGCAUGGUGGGAACCAUCCCCAUGCACGUCUCUUUUGCUGCAGGGAUAAAAACUACCUGUAGACUCAAAACAGUGUGUCUAUACCAGGGGUCGGCAACCUAAGGCCCAUGGGCCACAAGCAGCCCAUAGAGGUCGUUUAACCGGCCCAUGUACCACCACCGCCCGCUCGGUCGGCUCCCAUGUGCCGUGCUAAACCGGUGCAGAGCAGAGUGGGAACCGCCUUCUGUGACACUGACUGGCUUGGAAGCUCCUGCAGCCAAUGGGAAGCUGCGCACACCACUCUGCGCUGGAAGGAGCACUGGUAAUAG